GGUGCUAGCUCUCACAAGUUCUGUCAGUGUGAAAAUGUCGGGUCGUGGAAAAGGUGGCAAGGGUUUGGGAAAAGGAGGUGCUAAGAGGCACAGAAAGGUUCUUCGCGAUAACAUUCAGGGCAUUACCAAACCUGCGAUUCGGCGUUUGGCUCGACGUGGAGGAGUUAAGAGGAUUAGCGGUCUGAUCUACGAGGAGACUCGCGGUGUCUUGAAGAUUUUUCUGGAGAAUGUGAUCCGUGAUGCUGUUACCUACACGGAACACGCUAGGAGGAAGACGGUGACCGCCAUGGAUGUCGUUUAUGCCCUUAAGAGGCAAGGCAGGACCCUCUACGGUUUUGGUGGUUGAUUCCACGUCCUGAA